AUGUCUUGGGAUCACUGCCAAAACAUCAUCUUCGAAUUUAACCUGCGUUCGACUCUGGAAGCCGGUAUGCACGGAGACAACGCCUCCGGAAACAGUCUCAAUUUGGUGAUCAUCGAGCCGAACGAGACGGUAUUUAAGGGACCAAUCGUGCCGGAAUUCUGCAAGCGGCCAGAGCCCAACGACCUGGUCUACAAGUUCCAGCCGGGAGCCACCAUUGAUUUCCUUAUCAUCUAG